GUUGCACAAGGCAUGGGUGAGGCCAGCUUUUGUGAUUCGACACCAAGGCCAGUGCAGCAGUGUUUGCUGUGUGAUGAAAGGAUGAAGAUACUCUUAUACACUCUUUAAUCUAUUUUAUAUGGUAUACGCACACACAACUUAAGCUUUAGAAUCAUUUUUCACCAUCAGUGAUGUCUCAGUUCACCAGGACAGCAGAUUUAAAGCAAGCUCUGCUCUUCAGCUGAUGGAGUUCAUGUCAAAGGUUAAUGAGCUGCUCCUGUGAGAUUGCCCCGGUGAACUCAUCUGUCACAGUGAGCGCUCAGGGAAAUUAACUGGUUAAUGAAAUGAGGAGAGGGAGAGUUGUGACAAGUGAUCAGCAUUUAACGGUUGGCUGGAUGGGGAAAUGGGAAUGUUAUGUGAAUGAGUGUUUUGGUUAGAAAGGAAGGCAAGUCAUUAGAUUGGAGUCAAAUGGUUAUAUAUAUUAGUUAUGUUGCUUAUCUGUCUGGCUUCCACAUUAAUACACAUGCUCACUCAAAUAAGCGUUUUAAACUUGUAAAGUGUCUGUUUUCAUCAUUCAUUCUUAUUUUAUCUGUUAUCUGUACCACAUACAUAUUGUGGACUAAAAGUCCUUCGAAAAUGUGCAUCACAAACCAGAUAAAAGGAACCACCAACCACGCAUGCAUGCUGCCCUUUGACCGCUUUUUAUGUUGGCCCGAGUGUUAUAAAAAUGGGUAUUGUAAGUGGCUGUUUUCAAACAGCAACAUGGAGCCCAGGAAACUGCUACAAGCCAGUCUAACUUUGUUAAUCCUUGCAACCAGCAGCCAUGGAGGGCACUUAACUUCAGGGCCAGCUCUGAAAAUGGAUCAGGCUUUGUUAACAUUUCACAACCAGCUGACAAGAGAAGUGCAGAUCUUCUUCACGUCCGAUUACUGCUACAAGUGUGUGUACCAGCAUUUGGCAUCUGUGAAACCCAACAACAACAAUGCAUCUGCGAUUAUCAGCACUAAAUUCACUCUGACUAUGCGAGUGGAAUCACAGACCAGGAAUGCAACUCUCUGCAGGUGGAGUCAGACAUAUGGAGAAGGUGGACAUUACUCUAUUUGGAUCCAGAUGUCAGAGGCCCCGAGUAAACCCAGCUGCACGCACACUGUCGAUAAAACCCCGAACAAUGCAUACCUGCCUCUUCUGGUGGCAGCUCUCUUACUGGCCAUGAUCACUCUCUUAUUUGUUGUGGCACCCUAUAUCUGCAGGAGGCGUUGCACAUCAGCAUUUAUUAAGAUCAUUUGCUGCCAAGGCCCACAGUCCGCAGUGGAUAAUGACAGACCACAAGCUUGUGAAGCUGAGCACAAUACCAGUAAAGCUAAGCCAUCGCGUCUGCGCUCACUGGACACUUUCCGAGGGUUUUCCCUGACCGUGAUGGUUUUUGUGAACUAUGGUGGAGGAGGCUACUGGUUCUUCCAACAUGCACCCUGGAAUGGUCUAACUGUGGCAGAUCUUGUCAUGCCAUGGUUUGUGUUUAUUAUUGGGACUUCUGUAGUGUUGGCUCUCAGAUCCAUGCAGAGGAGAGGAGUGAGCCGCCUGCAGCUGCUGCGCAAAAUCACCUGGAGAACAGUUGUCCUCCUGAUGCUCGGCUUCUGCUUCCUCAACUACUCUCCAAGAGACGGACCACUGUCUUGGUCUUGGCUGAGGAUCCCUGGAGUGCUGCAGCGUCUGGGCUUCACCUACUUUGUUUUGUCUCUCCUGCAGACUUUCUGGGGCCAGAGAGAAAUCCCUCUGAGAGCGGAUCACUGGUGGAACCCUGUCCAAGAUGUGGUCCUUUAUUGGCCACAGUGGCUGAUUAUCAUCCUGCUGGAGACUCUGUGGCUCUGCGUCACUUUGCUCAUGCCUGUGCCCAACUGCCCCACAGGGUAUUUGGGAGCUGGUGGAAUUGGUGAUAACGGCCUUUACCCUAACUGCACAGGAGGUGCAGCAGGAUACAUUGAUAAAUGGAUGUUUGGUGAUAACAUGUACAGAUACCCCACAUGCAAAGAAAUGUAUCACACCACGCAGCCCUUUGACCCAGAGGGCGUUCUGGGUACAAUUAACUCCAUUGUCAUGGGAUUCCUGAGGAUGCAGGCUGGGAAAAUUAUCAUUUUCUACAAGGGGAUGAGCGUCCACAUCCUCAUUCGAUUCCUAGUGUGGGCCAUCAUCCUGGGAAUCUCUGCAGCCAUCCUUUCUAAGUGCACAAGAGAUGGAGGAUUUAUACCUGUCAAUAAAAACCUUUGGUCGCUGUCCUAUGUGAUGUGUUUGGGCUGUUUCUCCUUCUUGCUGCUGGGAGGCAUGUACUUUAUCACUGAUAUGAAGGGCUGGUGGGACGGACAGCCAUUCAUAUACCCAGGGAUGAACUCCAUCUUUGUAUAUGUUGGCCACUCUCUCCUGGGUUUCUACUUCCCCUUCAGCUGGGAGAUGCGCUUCCAGGAGAGCCACUGGGAGUGGCUCUUCCAAAGCCUGUGGGGAACUGCACUGUGGGUGCUCAUUGCUUACCUGCUAUACAAGAAGAAAUUCUUCCUCAAAAUAUAAACUAGGAUGAUUACUGUCCCUUUUUCUGUCUGUAGAUGUCAUUAUCUUAUUUUUCAAUUCUAAACCAACACUAUUCAUGGUAACAUAAUAUAGAUUAUUAUAACAUCUGUGGACAAAACUCUGAGCCACUGUUCUUGGCUCAGUCUAUUUAGUGAACUUUUCUAGUUGUUAUGUACAUGCAUUUGAAUGAUAUCCAAGCCAUAUCCAAGCCAUCUGACAAAUCAAGCAGCUGAGAGGAAGCGCUUAAAGUUUUUAUCAAACACAAGCUGCAGCACAGUGAAAAAAACUAUGAAAAUGUUCUUCCAUGAAACCCAUUAAACCCCACCCAGUUUCUAAAGGA